CCCUGACAUUUGACGAGAGCGAGGAGUAUUUGCUGGCUCCUCGUUCUGCAGACGCUGCUUUCGUCGCCGCCGGCGGAGAGGACGAGUGGGGCUCUGCGGGCGCGGACGAGCGGGACACUCCGUCCCCGCGCUGGCGGCGGCCCGGCAUCGCGGCGCGCCGGAACCCUAGCAAGGCCGAGCUCUUCCGGAGCCUCGACGCGCGCUGCGAACGCGAGAGGCUGCUGCGGAGGAGGACUCCGCGCCUAUCUGGCCGCCGCGCAGCUUCUGGUGGAAGCGAUUCUGUUACCUGACUGCUAUGAAGUACCACCCAGCAGAUCCAGCCAUUCCUGUGCUCAACCCUGAUGAGAAUUCAUUAUCUCAUCCACCGCCAAAGAAGAGCCAGGAGAUCAUACCUGAAAGUGCACCAGAGCUGAUUGUUGUUUAUGAGAAUGGUCAGGGAGAAAAAGACCUACCUGUUCCAACCCAAAAAAGGAGAUUAAUCAUUGACACAUAUAGUGCGCAAUGUAACAAAUGCCAGAAAUGGAGGAUUAUUCCUACCAAACGGAAGUACGAAGAAAUCCGGGAGAAACUUCGUAGUGGUCCAUUUUCGUGCGAACAUGCUAGCGAGUGGAGGCCUGGAGUUACAUGUGAUGAUCCAACAGAUGCAUCUCAGGAUGACGGCAAGUUCUGGGCGAUUGAUAAACCAGGCAUCGCUCGGACUCCUCUUGGGUGGGACAGGACAAUAUCAAUUAGAAGCGAAGGGUCUACCAGAUUUGCCGACGUGUACUAUACCACUCCUACAGGAAAGGUGCUAAGAUCAAAGGUUGAUGUUGGAAGGUAUCUUAAAGAAAACCCGCAGUGUGCUGCUGCCAUAGAACAGUUUUCAUUCGCCACACCUGUACCUCUACAAUGGGAGUACAUAAAAAAACGUCCUCGUCAGUCAAAGCCUCUUCAACUAGAAGAAGUGCCACCGCUAGCUUGCGCUCCUCCAGUUCAUGUUGAUAUCAUGCACAACAACAUGCUGGUCCCGUAUGAAGGAGCUAAUCCCUCAUCUAAUAUGCCCCAGGAUCAACUUUUGGGAUGACGUUCAAAGGGUCGUGCUAAAACACCAGAUCCGCGGUCCCUGGCAGCUGAUGCGUUCUAUGUUACCUGUAUGUUGUUAUACCUUAGCUAGCUUUCUCCCCUUAGACCCUAGUUCAGUCCUGCUUAGAUAGACCUGGAAAUGGGGGAAAUUUUGUGACAUUGACAUCAACACAAUGACGUCGCUGAAAGUUUUGGAAACUGCCACCUUAGUUAUACUUAUACUGAAUUGUGUGUUCUUGCAUGUAUUGUGUUUGCCUGUAAGUUCAUGGCAUGUUCUACGGCAGUAUGUAUUUCUUCUUGUAAGAUAUCGUCAUUUUGGUUGAGAUAUCACCAAGUUAGGGUUGGCUUUGGAAACAAAACUUUAGUUUCUCCUGUCA